AUGGAACUGUAUUCAGAAAUUUCGCAUCUUGCUCUUACGGAGGACGAAAAGAUGACUCUGUGCAUGUAUUUUAGCAAGAACCCUGACCAGAAAGAAGAGGCAGUCAUUGUGCUGUCAGUAUAUGAAGCAUCAAUAGCUGUUCAGCUACUUUAUCAGCAUUUCAUUAGUUGUGAUAAUCCAAAGAUUGAGUUUGAAGGAUUCAGUCAAGAUUCUGAUGGCUUUCAAGUCACAAAUCAGGAGGGUGACAAGACUAAUGAAUACUUUGUAACAUACAAGGAUAUUAAGUCAGCAGGUAUUAUCAAUCUUGACCAUGCUGAUCCAUAUACUAAUACCAAUUCAUGGUAUAUCUGCCUUCCAUAUUUGUGGUUAUGUAUAAUUGUCUCAGCAGCUGGUGAGAAAUCACCUUUCAAAACCUGGCAAGGAUUCAUCAACCCUGAAAAGCCAAUAUAUUGGGAGGAAUGGGAGAGCUUUAAUUUCCAAGUUGAAAUUCCCACAUCCAUUAGAGUAUGCAAACUAAGAGAGAAAUAUCCAAACAAACCCACUGUACUUGAUACAAAGGACAAAAGGCAUAAGCAGUUACACACACAGUUUACAAAUGUGUACAUCAAUGGCAAAGUAAAAGAGUCUGUGUGGGAUGGUUUUUCAUAUCUUCAUGGAGACUCUGGUCGAAUGCUUUUAUCUUUUCAAAUGAAGUUUGCUGAAUCUGACUCUAAAAAUCCUCAACAAAUCAGCAAGGAGCUAAUUGGCAAAGAAUUUGAUAAAGCUUCAAAUGCUUGCAAACAGUUAUCAAAGACAAACAACUUUCCAAAAAGAAUGCAAUGGGGUAUGCUCAUUUUAUCUAAUGCUUUUCGAAAGCAUGAUGUGACUCAAGAUAAUCUUCCUGCACAAUGUGCUGCGGUUGACUGUUCAAAUUUCCAAGCCUUUUUUGGGCAAACUUUUGCCAGUUGUGCCCAGUUUGUAGCAGAACAAAAUAAAAUUUAUAUCAAUAUGGCACCAUCCUACAUCCUUCAACUCAUUCCUGAAGUUGGGGAUGUCAUUGCAAGGGAGAUAAUUUCAAAUAGGAAAAGAAAGCAUUUUGAGAAUGUUGAUGACCUCCUUGCACGUGUUCCAAAGUUUCCCCAUAAAAGUACAGAGGCCAUU